AUGGCACGUCAGGCCGAUCCAGAUCUCAUGGCGAGAUACAUGAAAGCUCUGCAGAGGCGUACAGGGGGCAACACACAUCAAGAUCAUGCAGCUGAGACUCCCCAGCAACCUCGGUCCCCGGAUUUUCCCCCGAGACCUCAGUCCAAGGAGCCACUUCUGCAUUCACAGUCUCAGGAACGUUCUGAUGUAGAUACCGCUGUGAUCAGCAGGCCUCAAACAGAAGUGCCUGUCCCAACUUACUCACACGAAGCACACUCCCCGCCGACGUCUUACGGUGCCCUCCCGGCUGCCACGCCGGUCGCUGUAACGAACAACUACGUAAACGGAGAUAUGAACAUCCACCAACAAGAUCAGCACAACUACCAAGCCGAUGGUAAGAGACACAGCACCACCAAUGCCGACGAUGCAACCGGCCGUCCCGGCUUGCUCGGUAGACUUGGCGACUUUGCUGGCUUCCUUCUUCGCCAUUGGCGGAUGACUAUUUCUGUAGUCCUCCUCUGCCUGCUGUCUCCGGCCAAUCGCAAGCUGUGCCUGAAUGAGGAGUACCGCCUCAUCGCCCGGAACAUCCCCCGCGUCGCCGACCUCUGCGCGGGUCUUCCGUCUUCGACCGCAGUUCUAGAAGACGUCGCGUUCCCGCCUUUUUGUCGCACAUUCCCCGCCAUCAAGGGCUCGCAUGUCUCGAUAUCCGUGGCCGCCAUCGCCCGAGAGAUCGUUGUCUUGGGCGACAUGGAGCUCGCCGACGUGGCCAAGGGCGACGGUGUCUGGAAGAACGUCUUCACCGACACGCACCGAAUCGACCGGAACCUCAGGAGAACCAACGAUGCCUACGAGAAGCAGCGGACCACAACCUACAGAGCGCUCUACCGUCUCAACAGGCGCAUCAAGAUCGAGAUUGCAAGGAUGGAGGAACCCGUGAGCGGCUGGUAUGCUUGGACUCCGGACUGGCUGGUCGUUCUUUGGACCGGCCGCAGGGACCAGGCUGUGACCUUGAACCUCCUGGACGAGCUUGAGAGCCUCGCGAUGGAUGCGCGGGCGCAGCGCAAGGCGCACUGGGAUGAUCUUCAUGCCAGCGGACUCGGCGCUGGAGACUUCGACGCUGUUGUGGGGCAUCUUCGCAGCUUUGCGACUGACAUUGCUGUUGAGAAGAAGUCGCUUGCAGUCCGUGGUGAUGCGGAUGGCGAUCACGAUGGUGAUGAUGAAGAUGUGGAGAAGAGAAGAGCCGCCGCUGACUCGAGUGAGGCUGGUGUUUGCAUGGUGCGCCAGGUGAUGCUGGAUGUUUCUGCGGCACACUCGGCCUUUCUUGUGAGCCUUGACAGGGUGAGUCUGGCGCUUCUACUCGAUCGAUUCAUUCUUGUUUCACUUGGGUUCUGUUUUGUCUUGUUUCUGUUGGUCUUUGAUCGUCGCAAUGUCUCCAGACAGAAGACUUUGAGGUUUCAGACCCGACUGACGAAGAACGCAGGAGAUACAUCACCUCGGAGAGCUCAUUGA